AGUGUGAUCUCUGCUGGGGGAGAGAGAUCAGUGAUGAUUUCUCAAGCUUGGUUAUGCUGAUCGGUGAUCAUUCAAUUUAUCACUAUUUGUAAGUCGCCAAAACAGUCCUUUGAUCUCCCGGGAGAACAGUUUGAAAAGAAUCUGAAUACCGGAGUGCCUUGUUUAGCCCCAAUUGUAUCAUCCGGACAAUUACCAUGAAAUUGUGUCUGAUGGGAUUAUAAAAUGAGAGAUCAUCCACAACAAAUUCCUUUUUUUCCCCAACUCAGAAAGAGACAGAGCGAGAGUGGAAAAUUAAAUAGAAAAAAGAAUUGUAUGUCCCCCCGCUUGAAAAUUAAUAAUAUUACGUGAACUCAAAGAGUGACUGGGGAGUUUUGUCGUGAAAAAAGCUCAUAUUUGAUUUAGCAAUUGAACGUUUGAGACGUGUAUAACUUUCACACUCUUUCUUGGCGCGAUCGCGACCGUCUCAUUUGGAAAGGAGUGAUCGUGUUGUUUUGGCAUAGAGACCAAUUCUGUGAGUGCUUUGUUCUAAAUAUAAACAAGGAUUUUUUUUAUUGUUUGUAUUUAAAAAUAAUCUUUCUGUAACAAAACAAAAUUGUUUAUUUUUUUCCCAACAAAGUAACAUAAUUUGUGAGAACACAACAAAAAUACUGCAAAAAGUGAAAGAAAAAUUCGCAAAAAUUCAAUGUUUGCAUUUUUUUUCCUUGUCUUCAUCAACUGUUGCAUAAAAAUUUUCUACAAAGGAGAUAAACAAUCAUUUUUUUUAGUGAAUGUGCCAUUGCUAUAAUCAUUUGUUAAACAAGAUCAAUUUAAGUGGCUAAAGGUCUUCCAUCUAAUGAUAACCGCGCAUUUUGAUGCACUUUUCUGAGGCAUUUCCCGCCAAUCAGUGUGAAACGGACUUGAAUUGUUUCAUCAGAAAAAAAAAGUAGUAAAUAAUAUCGAGAUCAGGAUCACCCAAUGGACGCAACAGAAGAUAUCGCAAAAGUGUCUUCAGACGGGGAACCACAUGAAAUCCUAACAAUUGUAGCAGUUUCCAGUGGAAUACUGGUAGCUGUUGCCAUUCUGAUUGUCCUAAGGAUCAAUCUGAGAGGCUCACAGAGGCGAGAUGGGCUCCAAAAGAGACGCUUCUCCCUAUUCAGUGUCAGAGGAUCAGUGGACAUUAGCAGAAAGACAGAAAUCUACACAAUUGAUAGCCAUAGAUCAUCUUGUGAAACAAAUAUAACAAUAGAUGACAAUGAUAAAUAUCUAUACAUUCCUGGUAUUACAACAAUCUCAAUGUAGUUUCUCGGGAGGAGCCAUUUGGUGGCUACCUCUGAAAAAUCCACCAGAAAGACUGACUGUAAAUCUUCCUUUUUUUUGUACAAAAUAAUUUGCAAGAUGACAAAAUAAAAAAUAAUUUUUUUCUUGAUAAUAAA